AUGAAAAUUCAACCAAACAUCCCGCUUGUCAGAACACAUCCCGAAGAGCGGUAUGGAAGUGCAGAAGGUCCCGCUAGCCACGGUGAGACAGACGGUCUUGUGCAUGCUAUCCCGUUAGCUCCCGAGCCUUAUGCGGCGAAGCGCUUGUUGGGCGAAAUUGGGCGGGACGAGCCGAAAGGAUGUCCCAUAAGCAAGCAAGAAGCCGGUGACGAAGAAGGUGAGUGGAAGAAAUUUGACUGCGAAGUCGAUGAGUCUAGAUCUCAAUGGUAUAACCCCCGAAGGAAAAAUGGAAAAAACAGCGCAAAACGACAGGAACAAAUGAUAAAAGCGCAACCAAAGGAAAAGAUGAACCCAAAGAGCAGUUGUUGCCAAUUCUAUCCCAUCCGUCUAUGUGAUAAACGCCAAACAGAAGAAAGACCCAAGAGGAAAGCCAUUUUUGGAACCAAACGAGAACAAAGGAAGAAGAGAUAG